AUGGUCUAUAAAAGAGAGGCUUCGCUUUUGCUUUCCGGUUUGGCUACAGUGGUGGCCGCCGGCAUCGAGACCAGCUUCUCAGCAGUCUCGUGGGGUGAUCCCCGAGUUGAUGUAUUUGGCGUCGGGCCAGAUGAAGCAUCCCUGUGGCACAAGUUCUGGACUGGCUGGGACUGGCAGCCUCACAGUGGCUUCGAGCGCGUUCCAGCCGCCGAGGCCAGUCCUCCUUCCACCUCUUCCUGGGGCACUGGCCAAUUUGACGUCGUGUACGUGAAUGCCUCUGGCAGCAACGUGCUCCACAAGUACUUUGACGGCGGCUGGGGCCCUUCUUGGGAGGGCGUCGACGACCUCGGCGGCAACGUCACGUUCGUCACCAGCACCUCUUGGGGUCCGGGGCGGUUGGAUCUCGUGGGCAGGUCCGGCGACUCGUACGUCUUCAAGGCUUGGAGCGGAGGCUGGCACCCCGGCGACAAGGAGUGGGAGACCUUUGGUGGUGAGUUUAGCAGCGACCCUGCCAUUUCCUCCUGGGGCCCCGGCCGUCUUGACGUUGUCGGGAUCUCCAAGAACGGCGCCCUUGAGCAUCUGUACUGGCAGCAUGGCCUGUCCAACUGGGAGGUCCUCGGUGAGGGCCCAUUCCAUGGAACUCCCCGCAUAACCUCGUGGGGGGAGAAUAGACUAGACAUCUGGGCCUUGGGCGAGGGCGGAGAAUUGAACCAUCUCUUCUGGGAUGGCACACAGUACCAAGACUGGGAAAGCCUUGGUGGUAAAUUCACCGAGAUCCCCCAAGUUGUACAUUGGGAAGCUGGGAAGAUCGACAUCAUUGGCAGGGACGGCGACACAUUCGUGCUCAAGAACUUCGACGGUUUCAAUUGGAACGGGUGGUAUGACCUGGCGACUUCCUUUGCAUCCGAGCCCGUCGUGCUUGCAAAGCGAGGAGAAAACUUCCUCACAGUCUUGGGUAUCGAUGAAAAGGGAGCUUUGAGAAGCCAGAUCUGGAGUGGAUAUGAUUGGCAGCCCGGUCCUCAUGAGACCUGGUAUCUCGGAGAUUUGUCAUGGCCAUACGGACUUGAUGUGAAGAAUCAGAAGGCUCUGGGGCCUGCAGGCGAGCUGAAGUGA